GUUUCUGUAUACGAAAUAGAGUGUAAAGGAAGUAAUUAGGUGUAGGGAGGCGCGGGUGGAGGAGAAGGCGCACGUGUACACCCCGACCACCAGACCCCCGGACCUGCAGCAGGAGUGACUGCCCGCCACAACAUGGACAGGAAUAUCAACUUCAAGAGCAUGGAUUCCGAACGAGAAAAGUUUCGUACUUACAUUGAGAAAUCGGGCGUCAUGUCUGCACUGACUGAUGCCCUUGUACGUCUUUAUGAAGAAACUGAGAAGCCUAGCGAUGCCCUGAAUUAUCUCAAAACAACUUUGGGCACCAGGACAGUUGAUGAUGAUCGCAUGCGCAUGUUUGAAGAAAAGGUGAAAGAACAGCAGCACAGUAUUGAAUCACAAAAGGCAACAAUUGAAGCUCAGCAAUCAGAAAUUGCUUGCCUUAAGGAACGAUUAGCUAAGUUUGAAGCCAAAGACAAAGCAAGUAAGCUGCCACAAGAGGAUGCGACACAAGCUUAACAAAUAAGUACAGAUAUCAACAUUGCUGUUAGGUAAUUUAACUCGGACAUGGUGCUGGGAUUGCACAUUCAUCAGUUUUAAGAUGAUGUAUACUGCAAGAGUUAAGGUUGCCACAUAAAAUUCAAUUUGUGGUUUUUUUUUUAUAUAUAUAUAUAUAUAGACAAUAUAAAUUUAAUAUAGUAAAAGUUAUUAACCAUAGAUUUUUUGCAGUGGGAAAUAUUUUCCAGUCCUGCAUUUGAAUUUAAAGUACAGUACAUAUAUGUAGAUGUAAUUUUUCUUCAUACUACAUUUGAAUAUCCAGUUUUGGGUCAUUUUUAUGUAUGGUAUUUACAGUACAUUAUUAUUAAGGGUUUUGUAUUUUUAUUUAGGUAACAAUGGAAGCUCGUUCAGUUUUACCUACAGUAAAAAAAAAAUUAAUUUGCCAAACCUAAAAAUCUGGAAUGUUUUGUAAUUAAUAGUGUAGAAGAGUAAAUAAAAUUUUACCUAUAUCAUUACUAAUGUAAAUAUGUAGGACAGUAUUUAUUCUUUAGUAAAGUAAUAACUUGUAUAGUAUUUUGGUUCAUAGGUUAGAAAGUUUUGUCUUCUGAUUUCUCCGCUACAAAUACUGUACUACAAAAGUAAUUUAGUUCAGAUGGUAUUUUUGUAUACAUACAUACAGUAGAAUAAAAAUUCUGUAUCAUGA